ACGGGGUUAAAGGUGCAGCCGCGUGCGUCAGCUGAUACGCAGCGCCGCGUCAGGAGCGCGCUCGCGUGCGUGCGGGAGGAGGGAGGCCGGUCCUGCGGAGCCGCAGCGUCCAGCAGCUUCCUGCAUCCGCCGACACUCCGCCGAGGCUCAUCCCGAUCAUGUGCCUCCCUGCCGGGCAGUGCGCGGCUCAGCUGAAGGAAGUCGGCCUGGUUUCCUUCCCCGCUGCGUUCACGGUCGCAUCCGGAGCUCCGCUUCCCUCCGCCAGUCCUGCGUUCUAGCUCCGCUCAGCGGGGCCCGGGAGCCCGGACGGUCACGGACGGAGGUGGCUUUGGUGGUCAACCCGGCAGGUCUCUGCGGCAGGUCGUGGAGGAGGCGCAGGAGGAGCGGGAGGCUGCCCCGAUGGACGCGCCCGCGCCAACUCUGAGCCCCGCCGUCCCGCCUUACGUCAAGCUGGGCCUGACGGUGGUCUACACCGUCUUCUACUCCCUCCUCUUCCUCUUCAUCUACGUGCAGCUCUGGCUGGUCCUGCGGUACCGACACAAGCGCGUCAGCUACCAGACCGUCUUCCUGUUCCUGUGCCUGCUGUGGGCCGCCCUGCGCACCGUCCUCUUCUCCUUCUACUUCCAGAACUUCCUGGCGGCCAACGCGCUGACGCCGUUCCCCUUCUGGCUGCUCUACUGCUUCCCCGUCUGCCUGCAGUUCUUCACGCUCUGCCUCAUGAACCUGUACUUCGCUCAGGUUGUUUUUAAAGCCAAGUCCAAGUAUUCUCCGGAGCUUUUGAAGUACAGGCUGCUGCUCUACGUGGUCUUCCUGGUCGUCAGCCUGCUGUUCCUGGUGGUGAACCUGGUCUGCGCCCUGCUGGCGAGGACGUCCUUCGCAGAGGCCAGAACCGUCGUGCUGGUGAGGGUGGCCAUCAACGACACCCUGUUCGUCCUGGGCGCCAUCUCGCUCUCGUUAUGCCUCUACAAGAUCGCAAAGAUGUCGCUGGCUAACAUCUACCUGGAGUCCAAGGGCACGUCCGUUUGCCAGGUGACGGUGGUCGGAACCGUGGUCAUCCUCCUGUUCGCGUCCAGAGCCUGUUACAACCUGGUGGUGUUGGGCCUCUCCGACAAGAACAUCAACUCCUUUGAUUUCGACUGGUACAACGUGUCCGACCAGGCAGAUUUACAGUCGACUCUGGGCGACAAAGGCUACAUCAUCUUUGGGGUGAUUCUGUUUGUGUGGGAGCUGCUGCCCACGUCGCUCGUCGUGUUUUUCUUCAGGGUUCGGAAGCCUGACCUGGACAGGAGCAGCUCCGGUCUUCCCGGUCACGUCUUCUCCUCCCGGGCUUACUUCUUUGACAACCCCCGGCGUUACGACAGCGACGACGACCUGGCGUGGAGCGUCAUGCCUCAGAACAUCCAGGCCAGCCUGGCAGCCGACAGUUACGAGUGGGGGAGUCAAAGCAGCGGAAUCGGCGCUUACAUAGGAGGUGACGACAGUUACACCUUCACUCCUCCUCCUCCUCCUCCAGAGGAGCUGAGCCCCUAUUGAGCCGAUCCUCCUCCUGUGUGUUUUUGCACAGUUUGGUUGACAGAUUUGCCAGUAGAAGACCCCCCCCCCCCCUCCCCCACAGGGAUGGGACCAUUGUGUUGCACUCUCCUGUCUUAAACUUCUUUAACUGUAUAGUUCAUAUUGAAUACAAAUUAACAUAUUUCCGUCUAUGCAAAUGUACUGUAUUUUAUUAACUGUUGAUCAAAACUGUUUUUCUGUUGAUUUAAAAAAAGAUUAUUAAUAUGAAAAGUUCAAAUUCUGUCACAAAUUUUAAAUAUAUAUUUGAAUAAAUCGACUUCGGCUGAGGUUUUUAUACAUUUCCAUGUGCUUUUUAAAAAAAAUCAUUUCACUCAUUGAUUCAACUUCACUUAUUGUUAAAAAAAAGACAAACGUUUCUCAUUAGAUGCACUGCAGCACUUUUGAAUGUAGAAUCGGCUCCCAGCUCUACCAACCUGGACUUUAAGGUGUUUCUAACGGCAGUAAAUAAAUAUAUUUUACAUUGA